AUGGAAGCCUUUGGGCUGGACGAGCUGGCGCUUGUGAGAAAUGGGAUAGCAAACGGACUCCGGGCGGAUCUGAGGAAGAAUGGAGAAGCAAGAAGGACAAACGUAGUCCAUACAGACAUAGCACAAAGUGAUGGAAGCAUCAAGAUUAGACGUGGGCUAUCUGAGAUAGAAGUAUCUGUACAGUUCAAGGAGACUGCCGAAACCCUGGAAGCUUCCGGGAUACUCAAAGAAAACUUUGAUGGAAACGAAUUCUCUGCUGAGUCUAUAGAAUUUUCUAAAAUUGCAAUUCCAAAUACCAUUUCCUCUAUAAUUUUGGAUUUGCUAGCUCCAUAUAAAAUAGGCAUAAGAAUAGAGUUCAGCAUACUAAGUAAUGAUGGAAACAUUUUUGAUUUAUUUUUUAUCAGUCUUGGUGCUUUGCUCGAAAAUCUUGAUAUUCCUAUAGUAGGUAAUCUGAAAGAAACGGAAAAACAAAAAAUAAGCAUCCCAACCUCGAAAACAGUUGCUUUGUUUGACAAUGGCCAUUUUGUGAUGGAUCCAACAAGAAUUGAGGAAGAAGCGUCUUGUGGACUAAUACAUAUAUUUAGUAACAAUGAAGGUAUAUUGAUGGGCUGUUUUUGCGAAGGAAUUUGUAAUUUUGAAGAAAAAACACUUUCAAGUAUUAUACAGGAGAUUAUAUCUAAAACAUAUCUAAUCCGUUAA